AUGAGAGCAGCGAAAGGAUCGAUGAAUGCAAGGCUGAUGCAUGGUGAAUACCGGUUCGCUUUGGCACCAAAGGAGCAGAAGGCGUUCAAAGGAUUCCUCGACCAAGCUGUUGUCAGGUAUUACUCUCACUACUGUUACCUCGUCACUUGUCCGUCUGAGCUAAUCUCAUUCUUAUGUUAUACCUAUCCCUGCUAUAUGCGAUCUCAUUUAGGCUUUCAAGAUUUUCGUAUGGCAUAA